AUGCCCCUCCCCCACCCUCACGUGUACGACUGUCAAACUACCAGUUGUUUUUGUGACACCUGUGUUGACAUACUUCCGGAUUGCCGUGAGUACACUCGCACCGCUUGUGAGGCCCCCUACCGGCUGUGGGCGUAUCAAAACUGUGCUGCUUACUGCGGUUUUUGUCGGAAGCCAUGUGAGGACGUCAUUUCCGACUGUGAUGAGUACGGAAGCAGCGCUUGUAAAGCCCCGUAUGUUUCAUGGGCGAUAAGUAAUUGUGCCAAAUAUUGUGGAUUUUGUGAACAAAAUAAACAGAAAGCACAGUGUAGCUAUAGUGAUUGGAUGACAGUUUCGGAUUGUUCCGUAACUUGUGGCAGUGGCUACAAAACAGAAGUUAGGUCAUUUCUUAAGGUCAAGGAGAAAACGCCAGGAUCAAAGGACUGCAAAGAAGAACUUGAACGAUAUACAAAAUGUGAACUUGACCCAUGUCCUGAAUAG